UUUCCUGUGUGCCUCAAAUGCAGCACUGAUCAGGGAUGAGUUCAGGCACCACGCUGCUCUCGCGCUGCCACAUAUAAAGACAAUCGGUGAGCUGGUAACUUCGCCUUUUCUCUUGGUCUACUCGGUGGAAACCGAGCCAUGACAGAGGUGCAUUCAUUUCAGCGAACGAAUCUGACGACAAUUUCACUAGGAAAGUUUGUUCCAUUUGACAAACUUCAAAAUAGGGACGCGAAACGAAUCGCUGCCCUAAUGAAAUAAUCAUGGCCACAAAACAAGUGGUUAUUGAAGCCCAGAUGCACGAGUCCUGCGGGGCAGCAAGGAAUGGAGACCCCCCAAUUCAAGUCAAGAUUUUACAGGUCCCAGCCAAAUGUGGACCCAUAACUGCCGUUCAACCCCCACCCACUGCUGCAGGUGUCUCAAAGAGCGACUCUGUGUCUGUUCCACCUAAAGUCAUCGCUGGCCAGGGCCACCAAGCUACCUCCUCUACAGUUCAGGGGCUUCAAACAUCCUCUCCUUCUGUCAUGGUGUUAGCAAAGAUGCCCGCCCCAGGAGGAGUGAGCGCUAACGGCCAACCACAGUUAACAAAACCAGCUUUGAGUCAGCUGGCCUCCAUGAACCAGGCCACGACCCCAGGGAGGACCGUGGUGAUAACAGUGCCAAGGGCAGCAGCUCCACAGCCAGUCACAGUGGCCCCUCGGCUUCCACAGACUGCUUCCCCACAGGUCCCAGCCAAUAUCCAGAUUCCACCAGGUAUGAUGUUGAUCCGCAGUGAUAGAGGUCAGCUGAUUCUGGUAUCCCAGCAGGCUUUGGCACAAGCUCAGCAGGGACCAAGAGGCGUCACUGGUCAAGUGCCCAGAAUACUGGCCCCACAGGUAUCUGCAGCAGCUGGAAAUAAAGGUAAUGAGAAGGUGACAGUGAUCAGGAUGACAGCCCCACCCAGUUUUCAGCCAGCACCUGUCCAGAAAACUGCUGUGGUAAAGGUGAUCGGUGUAGCUCCAAAAUCAGCUGUAGUCCAAACCCACAGUGCUGCGUCUGAGCGGGGGAGCCAGCCUCGCAUUCAGGCAGUCGUCACAGAAACCAAAAAAGAGCCGCCAACCACAUUUACUCCGGAGACUCUGGAAAGUGUGAAGAAGUGCAAGAACUUCCUGGUGACUCUUAUCAAGCUGGCCUCCAGUGACUCCAGGUCUACCAACAUGGCCGACAACGUCAGAGGACUGGUCAGGAGUCUGCUGGAAGGGAAGCUAGAAGCAGAGGAGUUUACUGAACAGCUCUAUCAUGAGUUGAAGUCGACUCCACAGCCCUGCUUGGUGCCUUUCCUCAAGAAAAGUCUUCCUGCGGUUCGUCGCCUUACUGCAGACCCCCAAUCAUUUAUCCAACAGGCUUCAACUUCCACCCACAACUCCAUCACUCUGUCUUCCACCAUGAAGCAGUCCAGCACUGACACAGGUCAAAAAUGCAAUACAAACCAGCAGGUUAUCCAGCUGCCUCGUGGAUUGACUCUGAGACCUGGUUUGACAACAUUAGCCCACUCCAGAAAUGACAUAUCUAAAAGCAGCAGACCCUCCCCCAAACACACAGUGAUCCAGUCAGGAAAACACUUAGCAGGAACAUUUUCAAUGAAACAUUCUUUCAAGCAGGAUCCGCCUCGUUCUACUACAUUUACAUUCAAGAACAGUUCAGGAUCUUACAAAGAAGAUGAUGACAUUAAUGAUGUAGCCUCCAUGGCUGGAGUCAACCUGAAAGAGGAGAAUGCACGGAUCUUGACCACCAUGGUUGGCUCUGUGGUUCAGUCAUGUCAGGAUCAGCCCUUCCUCUCACCUAACCCUGUGCUCAGCCGAAUCCUUCAUACAGGACAGGCGCUGGGAGUCACUGAUGUCGGUCCAGAGGUGGUGGCUCUGGUUUCUCAUGCUACACAGGAGUGUCUCCGUGGGCUGUUGGAGAAGCUUACUGUGAUGGCAGAACACCGCAAGGCAGGCCUGAAGGAGGACCCGUGGCAUGCCAAAGUGAGUGAUGUACGCUCCCAGCUUCGCUUCCUGGAGGAGGUGGAGAGUUUGAAGAAGAAAAGGAAAGACAAAGAGGAGAGAGAGAGACUUCUGCGUUUGGCCAGAAGUCGCUCACAUACGGAGGAUCCACUGCAUCAGCAGCUCAAGCAAAGAGCCAAAGAGUUACAACAAAUUGAACAAGCUCAGCUGCAGCAAAGAGAGGCCAACCUCACUGCUCUAGCUGCCAUUGGGCCUCGCAAGAAGAGACCUCUGGAGCAGACUGAAAGCCAGGUGACUCUGCUGCCCAGACAGGGUGUUCAGAGAGUGACUCGGAUCAUCCUGAGGGAUCUGCUGAUGUGUAUGGAGCAGGACCACUUCCUACGCCACUCUCUCACUCUGUACAAAGCGAUGAUCUGACCACCAUAAAUUACUCCUCCUACAGUUAAUGACUGAUAUUAAUCUGUAGAUUGUGUUUACGGGAUCCCAAGUUUUGGAAUCUUUUGUUUAUCUUUAUUUUAUUUUUUUUUACCUCAAAGAUUUUUGCGCUUUGGUUCAAUUCUAUGAAAUCUCUGUUUAUUAUCUAUUUAUUUUAGCAUGUUGUUUGAAAGAUGGUGCUGGAUCAGUGAUCAGCUGUCUCUGAAAGCACUCAUGAAUCAUUUUGGUUUUGAUGUUGAUUGUGUUCCUUUUGAAAAGAGAAUUUCAGUUGCAGAAAUAAUCAACCUGUGAGUUGGAUUAUAAUAAGAAUAGAGGAUAAGUGCUUCUAUGAAACACUGCUGUUUACCGAAAAGUACUAUGAACAGUGUUGAAAAAGUGUCAGAGGCCUCAACUUGAUGUUGAGUUUUUCAUUAUUCUGCUUGUUUAUUGUUUGACCAUUAAAAUAAGUAGAAUUUUUCACACCCUUA